AUGGACAAUGAGAAGGAUCAUAGUGCCCCCGGCGAGCAUGGUGAUGAGGACAAGAUCUCUCGCAAGUUGAGCUCUACCUCAAUUGUUACCGAUGAUGAAUGUGGCGGCGACGAUGACAAUGAUGAGAAGCGAGCUAUUUUGCUCGGCCCGCAAAUUGGGCUCAAGGAACAACUCGAGAUGGACAAGGACGACGAAAGCUUGAGGAAGUGGAAGGAGCAACUCCUUGGAAGUGUCGAUCUCAAUGAAGUUGGGGAGACACUUGACCCGGAUGUGAAGUUUCACGAGUUGAUCAUAGUGACUCCCGAUCGUCCUGAUUUAGUCUUGCCGAUUCCUUUUGUUCCUGAUUCAAAGGGUUUCGCGUUCGCGCUCAAGGAUGGUUCUCACUACCGUCUCAAGUUCUCGUUCAUCGUCUCUAACAACAUUGUUUCGGGUCUCCGAUACACUAACAUUGUUUGGAAAACCGGAGUAAAAGUUGAGAAUAACAAAGUGAUGUUGGGGACAUUUAGCCCGCAAAAGGAGCCUUACGUAUACGAACUAGAAGAAGAGAAUACUCCGGCCGGCUACUUUGCGAGGGGAUCAUACAGUGCAAAGACGAAGUUCGUGGACGAUGACGGAAAGUGCUACCUAGACAUGAACUACUACUUUGAAAUUCGGAAGGAUUGGCCAAAUUGA